AUGGCGGCAGGUGUGGAAGAGGAAAAGGAGGAGAGAGAAGAGGUCGUAGUGGAGGAUAAUGAUGCGGAGGAGGGGGAAGGAGAAGGUGAGGAGGAGGAUGACGCCGAGGAAGAAGAAGACGAGGAAGAGGACGGAGAGGUUGGAAUGGACGGGGGUUCUUCAUCCGAUCGCGAGAAGAUGACCGGAUUCCUUCGCCGCCUGUCUUUCCAGCCAGUCAGUCUUCGUGUCCACGAUAUCGUUAUCAAAGGGAACUCGAGGACCCGCGAGUCGUUGAUCGAGGCCGAAGUCAUCAACGCCUUUCGGUCGGCAUCCACGAUGCAGGAAGUCAUCCAGGCAGCGUCGAUCGCCAAUGCUAAGCUGCGGAGGCUGGACAUUUUUGAUUCGGUCUCCAUUACCCUCGACGCCGGCCCGCCAGAACUGCCCAACACCACCAACGUCGUCAUCGAAGUUGUCGAAGCCAGAAACCCCCUCACCGGUGACGUCGGGAUUUUCACUAAGCCUGAGGUGAACUAUUCCUUAGUCUUCUAUAUCAUGACAACAGAUAAUAGCAGCUAUGGUUGUCACAUUGCUUUUUCGAAGAAAAAGGUAGGGGACAAACCUACCGCCGACUGUGAUGUCUGUGCUCAUCACUGACGAUCUUGUUCAGAUAGCCGAGAGUGAGGUCUUCUCCAGACGAAAAUGUGCCUGAAUUAAGUCUAUAGAAUACCUCAUGGUGUAAACUUGAGGAAGACAUACUUCUUUAUUCACAUAACGUCAAUGUCGGCAACACAGCUUGUAGGAUUAAGUGGCAAAUAAUCGUUCAGAUUCUUCGAGCAAACUAGAAACAUUACGCCGAGACAUCUACAUCCGGAAGAAAUAAGAGAAUAUUGUGGCUCGUCAUUGGGCUGAUUUGUCGGUUCUUUUUCCUGUUGUCCUGAGUUUGUUCACGAUAUUUAUGGUCUUUGAUUUAACAAUGGUUCAACUUCUUUCCAUCCGAAUGUCUCCAUGUUACCUCUGUUAAUUAAACCUUUGCUUCAUGUUCCUCAAGUGCUAUGUUGCAUAUCAUAUUCCUUUCCUGUACUGCUGUCUAUCGGCAUCAAAUGUACCCUCCUCGCUUCCAUUUCAGUGUAAAUAUAGUCCUCUUAAUAUGCUUACUCGUGGCUAAAAUCUGGUUGUACAUUACAAUUGAGCAAGAGCGUAAACUACUCACCAUUCAGAUUUAUUAUUUCAUAUAUUAUUUCUAGAAGAUAUCCAUAGAAAUAAUCUGAAAGAUAACAUACAGAAAGAAUCUUAUUGUUUGACACCUUGAGUUAUUGCACUGAUACUGUGAUAUGUCAUUUGCUUAAGUUUCCCUGUACAAGAAUUCCGCCAAUUUGUUUUAAAUUCGCAUAUCAUGUUUUCUAAUUUUAAUUUUCUUUUUAGGCUAGAUCUUGGUCGCUUGAAGGGUCCCUCAAGUGGAAAAAUGCACUUGGUUAUGGUGAUAUUUGGGAUGCUACUGGGGCCUAUGGUUGGGACCAAACCACAGAGCUGGGCAUUGGAGUUCGCAUGCCAAGAUUGAAGACAUUUUCUAUUCCUCUUACAGCUCGAAUAUCAUUGCUAUCUCAAGAUUGGUUGAAGUUUUCUUCUUAUACAGAACGCAUGUUGGGCCUUUAUGUCGGUCUCAUCUCAACCAAGUACCAUGACUUGGCAUAUCAUCUCACAUGGCGUACCUUGACAGAUCCUUCUCGCAUGUCAUCUCCUUCAAUAAGGAGGCAAUUGGGGCAUAGCUUACUCUCAUCUUUGAAGUACACAUUUAAGAUUGAUCGGCGGGAUUCCCAUCUGAGGCCCAUGCGUGGAUAUGCCUUUGUUUCUACUUCACAAUUAGGUGGUUUUGGUGACUCCAGAUUUCUGAGAUUUGUGCGCCAGGUGCACACUGUUAUUCACUUAUCCUGGCUUAAAUUCCUUUCUGCUUAGUGACUUUAUCUAUACCUGUAUGGCUUUUAAUUAUUCCUAUACUAAUUCUUAAAAUGCACAGCUUUGGUGGACUGCCCUUGUUCUACUUAAGAGAAUUGUUGCCACCUUCUUGUCAUUACAGUUGUCAUGUAUCUGUUGGGGUUCAUCAUGGGAAUGAAUUGCUUGUGGUAUUUAGUAGCCAUGUCUUGUGAAAGGAUGACUUUAAUAUACCCGCGUGUUGAUUCACUUACGUGGCAACUGAUCUCAAUUUGAUCCCAGGAAAUGCAGGAGCCUGAUUUUAUUUGGUCGACAUUCUGGUGUCGAGCUUGCAUGAUCUCUUGAGAUUUGGUUUCUUAAUCCUGAACGAACCAUCUUUUCAUAGUGACUCAUCUCUUAAUGGUAAAGAGCCGUAGCAGUCCUGAAGUACCAUAAUGGAUGAAACAUUACUCCACCCACACCUGAUAAAUAAAGGUUCUGUGUACCAUUUUAGUUUACAAGAAACUAGAAAUUUAUAUUUUGACUGGUUCUGGUAUAUCAUUUUGAAAGCUAAUCUGGAGUUGCUCUUUUUUUAAUUCAAAAUGCGUAUAAACUUUUUUUAUCUCACACCCAUCUAUUUUUCUUUUCGGAGUUACGCAUGGAAGCUGGAACCAUUCUCCGGUGGCCUUUCUCAGGGGGAUAGAUGACACUUUGUAUUUUCCAUGUGGUAGUGUGGUGCAUGCAUGAGCCCAUUGAUUUGAUUUUAGUAAACUAAGGAGACAUUUGGACGCCAGAAGAUUUUUUUUUAAUUUGGAGAUUAUUGUCCGCGGUUGCUUGUAUCUUUCAUUGUUUUUGUCGAGGGCUAUCCGUUUAGUGAUAUAUCUGGAAGGGGUAUUCUACGGUUUCUUGAUGAGUCACGCUCCUUUUCUGGGGCAUUGUAUUAUUUGUGUAUGCAUAUCUGCAUUAGUACAUAUAUUCUUUUCAUGGGGGGGGAGAGGCUCAUAUGGCUCGGGAAUGAGGGCAGGCAAGCAUGUGGUCUGGGCAGAUUUGAGGGUAUGAUAGGGCGGGGAGGAUUCAUGAGUGCAAAUAAGUACAGACUCGCACUCAAAUAUGAAUAUCUAUGCUUUACCUGGAUCAUAAGGCUUCCUCUGGUUCCUGUUUAGAAAAUGCCAUCUAAGACUAGACUUAUCACUUUUCUCCGUUACUCUAGGACGAAUUCUCAAUAUCUGUGUGUGUGAUGGUUCUAAGGGAAUGAGAAGCGAUGGAUUGUGCUUGUUUUGCGGUUCUGCUUCUUGGUUAACAUUUUUCUACUUGCGCUAGUUACAUCUCCACUUUAUUUCGCAAUUAGCUUUUUUAUAAUUUACGUACUGUCAUCUUUGAAAUGACCCUUUUCUCCAGAGACUACGUUAACAAAAGAUUAUGUCACCCUUUUUUGAAAGAUCUAUAUAAGCAUGCAUGCAGAAUUAUUGCAAAACAAUAGACGAAUAUGAGUGAUCAUUUGCUUCGAUGGUGUGUAUUAUCUCUCAGAAGAAGACUGGAGAAUGCUGGUGUAGGACAUUGGAACGUAUCUUUUCAGAGAGGCUUUUUCACCACCCAAUUAGACGUAGUCUCACAUGUCUCCUUACUGUAGGAACAAGUUUUUGUCAGCAUCAUGGGCGCGUUUUCAUGCUUAUAAAUCUGUAUAUAUUGUCUGCAUUCUUAUCCUGCCAAGCGAAUGGGUGAUGCACAGUGGGGAGGGAGAUCCGUCAUUCAUCUGAUUUCCAAAACCAUAUCUCUCUCUGUAUACAAUGAAUACGCAUCCCUUGUCAAACUGCGGCCGAGGAGCUUUGCCGAUGAUUUUAUGGAUAUCCUCGUCUUUUCUAUGCCAUGGAAAGUUCCGGGCAUUCAUUCUCACUGAAGCUGCGAGAUUGUCCUCUUUGUUUCCUGGCAGGAAUUUGAUCUUCGGGGCGCUGUUCCGCUUGGCUUUUACAACACGGCUCUCAACCUGGGAGUCUCGGCGGGCAUCAUUCUGCCGUGGGGAAAGGGCUUCAUGAGCACGGGCACCCCUGUUUCUGAGAGAUUCUACAUGGGCGGCCAGUCGUCUCCUGUUUGCAGCCUGGGAGGUCCCACCUCCUUGUUGGGCUUCCGGAUGAGAGGAGUAGGCCCCACCGACUCCAAAAGGCUCAUCCCCCCCAAAUCGGGGGACGAUCCGAGCAGCUCCCCAGGGCGAGAUGUUCUUGGCGGCGACCUUGCGGCGACUGCCUUUGCCGACCUCUCAUUUGAUCUACCCCUCAAGUUGUUCAGGGAAGCCGGGAUUCAUGGCCAUGCCUUUCUCUGCGCUGGGAACCUCGCCAAACUAUCGGAAAAUGAGAUCGAUUCCUUCUCCCCUCGUAGAUUCUUGCAGUCUUUCCGGAGCACCGCCGGGGUCGGCAUCAUCAUUCCUACCAAGCUCUUCCGCGUUGAGGUUCGUAAUUUCUUCACAUUUUCUUCAUCUGUUCUUCCAAAACCGAUCUUCCGGUCUGGUGCGGCGUGGUGCGUCCUCUAAUGAGCAGGCAUUGGACCUCGGUCUUCAGAUAAAUUACUGUCGCGUGUUGAAGCAGUCAGAGCACGACCAUGGGAAGACGGGCGUGCAGUUCAGUUUUUCUUCGCCGUUGUAG